AUUAAAUUAUUUUAUUUUACCAGAGAAUAUCUUCAAAAUAACCCUAGUUAUCUCCUGGCAACACUUAUUUCUUAUCACUAUUUGCUACACAUCUCUGCUUCUAUUCAUAAUACCGCACCUGCAUGGACAACUUGGCAAUAUCUGAUAAAAAGGUUAUGUGGAAUGCUAUUACCUCAGUACAAGACUGAAGUAAAUCAUAGGAUUUUUGGAAAAGAACCGGAGAAAAUAUCGAAUUAUUCUGAAAGCUGCGUUUUUGCAAUUGAGGGUGUUGAAGAAGAGUUAUACUCACCAUCACGCAAAUAUUGUAUGAAUAGAACUGAAACACAACGUCUCAGAACUUAUUAUAUGACAGCAUUAAAUAAAAGGACAAAUCAGCUUAUA